GAAGAAUAUAUGACAUAUAAAACAAGGAAAAAAACUCACCUAUUUUCUCCGGUUAUCUCCAUUCUCAACAAAAGUCGCAUUAAUAAAACUUCGUGUUUAUCAUGCUUUCACCUUUCUAGUUUUUACAGCCUCGUCGCAUUUCCAAUCCGCCGACUCCAUCGUCUUCAUCUUUCUUGCAUAAUCGUUUGCCCCCAAGAAAAUGGGGAUUCAAAGGAUUUCUGUUUUGGCAAUAACCUUAUCCUUCAUCGUUUGGGUGGUUUUGAUUUUGGAAAAAAUCGAGUGCAGAGAUUUAGAAUCGCCGCAGUACACAGUGGUGCACUCAGAAUCUGAUUUUGAGAUUAGGUUUUACAGAGAAACCGUUUGGAUGUCUGCGCCUUCCGAUGAGAUUUCGUUUGAGAAAGCUACAAAAGACGGAUUCCACAGAUUGUUCCAGUUCAUACAAGGCGCAAACUUGAACUUCUCGAGAAUUCCAAUGACAAAGCCCGUUUUGACAAGCAUCGUCCCCGGAGCCGGGCCCCUCCACUCGUCUGCCUACUUUGUCGGGCUCUACUUGCCCGUCAAGUUCCAGGUGGGCCCACCUGUCCCGCUUCCUGAAUUGGGCCUCAUGCCCAACAGGUGGAAAAGCCAUUGCAUUGCAGUUCGAAAGUUUUCAGGAUUUGCAAGGGAUAACAAUAUCGCGAAGGAGGCUGAGAAGUUGGCCGUGAGCUUGAGCAGGUCUGAGUGGAGAAACUCGACUUCUACACAAAGUGGGUACGCGUACUCCAUUGCGCAGUAUAAUUCCCCUUUCAAGUUUAUCGGGCGUAUUAACGAGGUAUGGGUGGAUGUUAAUGGGUCGGAGAAAGAUGGCUGUAAGUCAAAUCUCUUGGCUGCAUAUUGAGGAGCUUCCUAGUAAAUACUCUCCGUCUCUUUCGAACUGUUUUUUCUUUGUAGAGUUGUAUUUUUUUCUUUGUAGAGUUGUAUGGGUGGUGGAAAAACAAGUUACAUUGUAUUUCCAUAAUAAUUAAUUAAAAUAUGACAGAUAUGGUGUUCGAUUCUCAAAAA